UGUAAAAACAGGGAGUAAGCGAGGGGGGUCCCGCUUUAAGGCGGACGCGUUACCGCGUUCCUGUUCUUUGCGGUUUAUUUCCUUCUUCCACCGCGGCGCUCCGGCCGGGGCCGCGGGCGGUGCCGAAUGUGCGGCGCGGAAGCGCCAGGCCCGUAAACAGCGGGCGGGCGAGGCGAUGGCGGCGGGCGGGCUGGCGGGGCUGCUGCCCGCGCAGACACAGCUCGAGUACGCGCUGCUCGACGCCGACACCGCCCAGGAGAAGGAGAACCUGGUCUACCAGUACCUGAAGAAGGUGGACGGCCGGGAGCGGGACCUGACGGUGCCCGAGCUCGGCGGAGAUCUACAGUGGUUGAACACUGAAGGUCCUAUUUCCCUUCACAAAGACCUUUGUGGAAAAGUUGUGGUGUUGGAUUUCUUUACUUAUUGCUGCAUCAAUUGCCUGCACCUGCUGCCUGAUCUCCACGCCUUAGAGCACCAGUACUCUGAUAAAGAUGGUCUUGUUAUUGUUGGUGUCCAUUCAGCGAAAUUCCCAAAUGAGAAGGUUCUGGAUAACAUUAAAAGUGCCGUUCUGAGGUACAACAUUGUCCACCCUGUAGUAAAUGAUGCAGAUGCAACACUGUGGCAUGAACUAGAAGUGUCCUGCUGGCCAACCCUGGUCAUCCUUGGGCCUCGUGGAAAUAUGCUGUUUUCACUUGUUGGAGAGGGACACAGAGAGAAAUUGUUUUUAUUUACUUCUAUAACACUGAAAUUCUACAAGGAAAGAGGACAAAUCAAAGAUAACAGCAUUGGAAUAAAGCUGUACAGAGACUCCCUCCCACCUUCUCCUCUGCUGUUUCCUGGCAAAGUGACUGUAGAUAAUUCAGGAGAAAGGCUGGUAAUAGCAGACACUGGACACCAUAGGAUUUUGGUUACUCGUAAAAAUGGACAAAUUCUACACACUAUUGGAGGUCCAAACAGUGGAAGGAGAGAUGGAAGAUUUUCAGAGGCAGCUUUCAACUCACCACAAGGGAUUGCUAUAAAAAAUAACGUUAUUUAUGUGGCUGAUACAGAAAAUCACCUUAUUAGGAAGAUUGACCUGGAAUUAGAGAUGGUGACCACUGUAGCAGGCAUUGGGAUACAAGGUGUUGACAAGGAAGGUGGAGCAAAAGGAGAAGAACAGCCCAUCAGCUCUCCGUGGGAUGUGGUCUUUGGAAGUUCAAUUUCAGGAACCCAGGAAGACGAUGUUUUAUGGAUAGCAAUGGCAGGCACCCAUCAGAUAUGGGCAUUGAUGUUGGAAGGUGGAAAACUACCAAAAGGAAGUGAUUUGAAGAAAGGAGUCUGCCUUCGAUUUGCUGGGAGUGGAAAUGAGGAGAACAGGAACAAUGCAUACCCACACAAGGCAGGCUUUGCCCAGCCUUCGGGGCUGUCCCUGGCCCCCGAGGAUCCCUGGAACUGCCUGUUUGUGGCGGACAGCGAGAGCAGCACCGUGAGGACCGUCUCGCUGAAGGACGGAGCGGUGAAGCACCUUGUAGGAGGAGAGAGAGAUCCAUUGAAUUUGUUUGCCUUUGGUGAUGUGGAUGGAGCAGGCAUAAAUGCAAAACUGCAGCAUCCCUUAGGAGUAACAUGGGACAAGAAAAGAAAGCUGCUCUAUGUGGCAGAUUCCUAUAAUCAUAAGAUUAAGGUUGUAGAUCCCAAGAUGAAGAACUGUGCUACCCUGGCAGGCACAGGAGAAGCAGGCAAUGUUGUUGGUUCCAGCUUUACACAGUCAGCUUUUAAUGAGCCAGGAGGUUUGUGUGUUGAAGACAAUGGCCGCCUGAUGUAUGUUGCAGACACAAAUAAUCAUCAGAUUAAAGUGCUGGACUUGGAAACAAAAAUUCUUUCCAUGUUGCCUAUCCUGAAGCCAGAAGCAUGUGAUGUUCCAGAUAACCUGCCUGUGCAAAAGGAUAAAAUAACAAACCUUCCAAAACUGCCUAAAUCCGCACCAAAUGUUCAACUUCCUUCAGUAACUGUAGCUCCUGGCCAGACAAUUCAGUUUUUAUUAAACUUGACUCUUCCCCCAGAUUCAAAACUGAAUGAAGAAGCACCCAAUUCCUGGUUUAUCACAGCAGAAGAUAAUACGUGGUUGCUUCAAGGACAGUGUCUGACUGGAGAAAUCAAGGAUGUUUCCUGUCAAACUGUCAUUCCCUUUCAGUUGCCCAGGAGCUGUGUGGCAGCUGAAGCUGUCCUGGCUAUCAAAGCGUGCCUCUACUACUGCAGCAAAGGUAGCAGUGCCUGUAUGAUGAAAGGAGUCUCAUUCAGCCAGCCUUUACAGAUAGCUGGUACCAACCAAGGCAGCUCAACUCAAGUUGAACUGAUACACACGUUUUUCACCAACUAACCCAAAGCCAGCUAAUUUCAUACUUCAUUUUGCUAUCCACCGUUUCUACGGGAUAAAGAACAAAUAGAUAACUUUUCUCUGUUUUUUCCUGGAACUUAGGAGAAAGCUAAGAAAUAAUAUACCUGGUCAAAUGAAGUAGAGUUCCCUACAGCUUAGUGGGAAAAUUUAUCAUCACAACCUCAUUUCUUUGCAUUACAGUAGCAGCAAUAACAUUGUAAUACUGUAGACUCUGCUGCCAGUUGUGGACACGUUGGAUGUCUGCCAAUCUAAGUAACGAGCAACAAUUUUUAGAGUCCUUUUGAAAGAGCUGGUGUUACUUUGUGAUGUUACUGUAAGUUCUUUGCACUGUUAGAGUAGCUAGAUCAUUCUGGACUAACAGUUCGAAAGUCCUUUUGUGCCCUUAUUAAAUUUUAAUAGAAUGUUGGAAGGAACAGUUUCCUUCUCCAGCCUGCAAAAGAAGUAUCUUGCUUAUUUUUCUGUAGUGACAUUUAUGACACAUGUAUUUUGAAAAUACAUCUUAAACUAGGUGCAGCUCUAAUUUUAUGCAAACUGAGUAACCGCUUUAACUCGACAUGACCGCCUUACGUGAAGAGCGUAGGUUCAUGGAAAAUUUUCUGUGAAAGGAAGUGUUCAAGUUUCUACAGAAGAAUUUCAUGGUGAUUUCUAACAAAGAAUGUGCCUCUCUGCAAUGUGUGUGUAUAUAUAUAUAUAUAAAGAAAAAACACCACAAAACCAUGCUGGAGCUUUUCUGAUACAUACCAAUUUACAUUUUAUAGAAGGUGGUAGAUAAUGGUUGAAUAUCUAAAAGGCAAAAAUUAAAUGUCAGCCAUUUCAGGCAGGGUGAAUCACUUCCCUAUUUUUAUGGUUUCUCUGUAAAGACUUGUGUGAAGUCUUUGGUCUUGAAAAUAUGUAAUAUUGUGAAGAAUGUUAUACUCUUGAAGUCUGAUUCAGAGUCUUUUGAAGUCACUGUUAGUCCCCAGUUUUGUAAUAGUGGCCACUGAACCAGAACUGUAUAUUUAAUAAUGGAUUAUUUACAUUCAGGUUUAGAGGUUCUGAUCUUUAGCUAGAAAAAUGGUAACCUAACCUUUGUGUAAGGUGCUUUAAACUGUAUUGCAAAGCUCUGCCUUUGGUGGUUAAAGGUUUUGCAAGUAAAAUUCCCUCCGUUUUUCGUAGUAAGUAGCAGGAAUAUGGGGGGAGGUGGUGUCUGUGUGCAAGUAUCUUACUUGAAUUAGAAGAGUUUCCACCAUGCCUCAGUGGUAAUUGGAUUAGGCUCCAUGCUCUGGUCAUGAUGAUCAGUUCUGAGAAGAUGAUUUUGUUUUAAGUUUGAGGAUAGUAUUUUUCACAUAUAUGAUAAAGUGCAGUAGUGAAAGAAUUUUUAUACAGUCUUUUCUAAAACAGUCACCAUUAUUCAUGACACUUGUCAGUAAAUCCCCAGUAUCAGUUGUUGUUGCUUUUUCUUACUUAAAGGCUGAUUGAAACGUUAGUCAUGAACCCAGGAGGCUUUUGUUUCAAGGGAGCCAUAUGGGCUGGUGUGGUUUUUCCUUCCAUUGAAAUGCCAGUCUGUCUGAGAGUUCUUUGUGGUACCAGAAAUGGUUGUUAUCUCACCUGUCAGUAAGGCAAGGGCUGAACUAUUAUUUUUCUUGUGUUUGGUUUUUAAGCAACUUUCCUAAUUAAGUGUUUCAGCCUCUCAAUUCUCACAGGCCAUUUUGAAGAAUGAAAAAGCUUUGCUACUUUGUUCACAGAUUGCAAAUGCUACUGGAAGGAUGAAGAUAAAGAAACUGACUUGGGCAUAUAUUAUUUUUCACACUUUAGCACAACUCAGACUUUCACAGUUUUUUGCCUGUUUACCUUUGGAUAGAAGCCAGGAAACCUUAGAUCAGCUUCUAGAUAACCCAAAAAUUUUCUGUUGCUCUCUGGAAAAAACAAGCAUUAGUUUCAGAAGUUCAGAGUAAGGAACCAAUUUGUUAGUUAUUUUGAAUGUGUAAUUCAUCAUAUGGAUUUUUUCUCUCUUUUUAUUGCAUCAUAGAAUGGCCUGGGUUGAAAGGGGCCUUAAAGAUCAUGUAGUUCCAACCCCCCCUGCCAUGGGGACACCUUCCACUAGACCAGGUUUCACCAAGCCCCAUCCAACCUGGCCUUGAACACUUCUAGGGGUGAGGCAUCCACAGCUUCGCUGGACAACCUGUGCCAGGGCUUCACCACCCUCACAGUAAAGAAUUUCUUCCUAAUAUCUAAUCUAAAUAUACCUUCUGUGAGUUUGAAGUCAUUCCCCCCCUACAUGCCCUUGUAAAAAGUUCCUCUCCAUCUCUCUUGUAGCCCCCCUUUAGGCACUGGAAGCUGCUAUGAGGUCUUCCCAAAGCCUUCUCCAGGCUGAACAACCCCAACUCAAAUUUUCAGCUAGAAUGACAUAUUUUUCUAUUUCAGUUUGAUAAGAUCAAAUUCUGCCUAUAUUCCACUAUUUAAAAAUAAAAAAAAAAAAUCUAUUUUGUUGUUGACACUUUUUAAUUAAUGCAUUGCCAUAGGGGAUAGACUGCAUUCCUCAAUUUAAUUAGCUAUAGUGUAUAAUGUUUAAUUAUAGUAUUGUGUUUUGUUUGUCCAGGGGACAGCUUACACAUUCCCAGAGUCACUCCUUCUCUUUCACUUGUAGUGUACAGACAUUUGAAUGUUCUGUAAUUAGAAAAGCACAUUUUUUAAAAAAACUUGUGAUAUUUAGGGAUCCUGUUUCCAUUUCUUCCUCCAGGGUUUGCAAGAUGCUCUUACAGUAAAACAAGUGCCAUAAAUUUCACCAGACAGGCAAACAGAAUGGCAUGUACAAGCUACAGAAAUUUAUUUCAUUUAACUCCCAGAAGGCAUCUGCAAAAUGUGAUACAGAAAAAUAAGAAAUGUUACUGCCCUGUCUAAAUAGUGAAAAAUCAGAUAUACUGAUGACUGCUACCUCUCUGUAUGGUAACUUAGCUUUGUGGUGUUUCCUGAUAUAAAAGUUCUAGGCAGGGUGGUAUGGCUCAGCACUCCCAGACCUCUCUCUUACAGUAAGUGUAAGUCAAGGCCUUUUCAAAGCAUGUCUUUCUACUGACUUUAACAGUUUUUGCAUCAGACCUUAAUAAAGUAACAAAUGACUGGCAAAUCUCUGAAGAGCAUUAGUCGUGGUUGAUCUGUAUAAUGGAAACAGGUUCAGUGGCAUUUUAAGUUUAUAGUUGUAGUGUUUGCUUUUCUGGGACAGCUUUUGCUUUUGAAUGAGUAUAUUAAUAGUUCCAUUAAAUGGUUUUAGAAAUUUUAUUUAACUGCAGCACAAUAAUUUUUAUUAGACUAGAAAAAAGAUUAUGUGGUUUCAGAGAGGGAGCAUAAUUAGUUUUAACAGCUUUUGGUAUUGUUUGAAUGCAGUAGCAUCCUUCUAGUAGUUUGUUCCCUUCUGUUGAAAGAAGGGUAGGGAUGAUGACUGUGUAAACCUAUUGAUGGGCACGUAAUUUACACGUACAUUUCUAGUUGAUUUCUUUGUGUGUUGGAUUCUUACAUCAUUUGGAGCUUUUCUAUUGGAUGCACUUCUUCAAAGUUUGUGUUCUGCCUGGUCUUCUGGAAGACCAGGCAUGGAAGACCUCCACAGGUUUUCCUCCUGUCAAGCAUUAUGUUUGCAUAAUGCAGUGGUAACGUGGUACAAAGCAAGUACAGACCAGAUGGGUAAUACAUGAGAAAGUAGUUUUAUGGCAUCAUGUAAAUGCCUUACCUACUUAGAGAAAAGGUGCAUAUGGCUUCCAGUAUAUUGUAUAUAUUCUUAAUGCACUUUUUUUUUAUUUUAAUAGGCAAAUAUUGUAGCUGAAACCAUAGGUAAAACUGUUUUGUUGAGAGAACAUCAAGAAAAACAUGCUCAGAGGAGGGUGAUGAUCUCUUGUAGGGGCUUGUCCUUUUGUUCAUUUAAUUAUUGACUAUUUAUUUUAGCAAAGAGAGAGCUAUUAUUGACCACAAAUUCUCUUGAAUUUUUGAUUCCUAACAAGGUUUUCUACAUAUAUGGAAGCUUUAAAUGUCUGACUUCACAGAGCUAUAGGUGAUACAUCUAGUUUUAAAUGGCUUGUAGUUUAGCAGACCAUAGCAGAGAUUUAUGUACAUUCUUAAGAUCUGUAAUUUUGUUAAAUCACUGUUAUUCAUUAAGACUUACCACAGAGACACACUGGACCUACACUCAGACUGAGGUGUGUUCAUAAACUUUGUUUUGCAACUCAAAAGUAAGGUUUUUUCCUCAUAUAACGUGGGAGAGGAGCUGUGACACAUUAUGUAUAUGUGUUCUCCAGGCUGCAGUUGUGCUCCCUAAGGAAAAUUUAUCAUGUACAGCAGCUCAUCAGCCACCCUCCAGUAACUCUCCACGGAAAUCUGCCAGCUCAGUUGUUCAUGUAAUCAAUUAAAAUUACUGGUUUAUGUUAGCAAAGAUUUAGUAUUUGGAAUUUAUCAUUACAAUUUUCGUUGAAAUCAGUUUGUCAGGGAUUAGAGGAGCUUCUCUCUCCCAAGAAAGGCAAGUGUAAGAAUGGUGACAAGUAGUUGGAGAUAGUUGGGUUUUUUAAAAAGUGAGAUCUGGUUAUUUUUUAAUUAAAUCACCCCAUCUGUUUUUGUAUUCAACAACAAAUCAUGAAAGUAAAACAAUAUUUCCAAUAUUUCACAUUCCAUUUUGUUCAUAUAACCAAAUUUGAUUACUGUCUUCCAGCAGAAGCAGCUGAUCUAUAUUUUAUAAUUUUUAUGCUACGAUAGGUAAAAUCACGACUGUCAUUAAGGAUUAGGAUUCAUUGCUGUUCAAGACUGGGCACAUCUAUCACUAAGAUUCCGAGUUUAUCUUAAUUUCUUUGUCGUACUGUCAUGGGGAUUUUGGUUAGGUUUUUGAGCCUGCCUUUUCUUCCUGUAGUUUCCACAAUGAAGUGCAACCAGUAUCUUGUUACCACAGAGGGAUCCAAGUAGGAAAGAUAAUUCCCUCCACCAGCUGCUUGCCCCUCCCCUGUUUUAGGGGUGGGGAUGUAAGCAGCAAGUUUUAGGGAGCAUUAGGGUAAGAUUAUGUCCUCAGGUGAGAUUCAUCAGGCUUUACACUGAUGCAGCUACUGUCAGAAUUUUUACCUUUACCUCUGUCCAGUGAGGUCAUGAAGUUGUUUCCAGAUGUCCCAGAACAUCCCAUCAAACUUGAGUAGCCUAUGCAGGGAUUCUGAUGGCUCUUGGUUUCAGGAAACUUUGAUGCUAUAGAUUAAAUACUUUAUCUAUUAUGUAAUUUGCUGUCUUGUUGCAGGUUGCACUUAAUUGUAAUCAGGUAAUUCACUUCUGUCUCAGAUGAGAAGCAAGAAAACUUAGGUGUAAGUGGAGGAGUGUUUGUGUAGCUAUAAUUACUUUUUGCUUAUUUUACCUCUUAGGUGGUCCAUUGCUUUCAAGUGUACCAGAGAACUCUUUGUCCAUUUGCAGGCUCUAGGGCUAAGCAAAAGAAUUGCAGCUGGAUUUUAAGUCUUGCCUAGUUCCUUUGAAAUAUUGACCAUUGUGAGAUAAAGAAAUCCCAUUUGAAAAAAAUCUGUUUAUACAUCUACCUUAACUUAGUACUCUGUACUCAAUAUGAUUUAGAACAGUGAUUUUCCACACAUGAAUUCUUUCCCAUUGUGUCUAAGUAUGGAGAAACUCAACCCAUCUGGCCAUUGUCAGACUUCAUAGAAAGCAAGAGAACAAUUCCAAAUUUGAUUUUUAAUUCCCGAAUUAAUGGUUUUUUUAAAAAAUAAGAGCCUAUUUCCUGAGCUUUUGAUUAAACUGAAAUGCCUGGUUUUGAACCAUUCAUUCAAAGAAUCAGUCCCGAGAGUUGCCUAUAUCAGAUUUUAAAAAUUUUGAAUUGAUAGUGAAGUGGAGGAACAGAAUUGCUAAAUGUUUUAUAUGUUGAAUAUUUAACUUCAAAAUUUUCUAAUUUCACUUUUAAAGUAGAAUUAGGACAAUUAAAACAUUCUCUUCUCAGUCAUUACCAUUAAUGUACCGUUAAUCAUUGUAUCAUUAAAACCUGUGAUGGAUCUAUGUGAUUUUAUAAAGAAAUCAAUAAAGAAAAAUAAAGUAGUUGUAAAACUGCAACUGAGUGAAAUCCAGGUGCUCCAAGUUAGUGGCAAAUGUCUUUAGGGCCAGGAGUUCGGCCCAGUGUGACAGAAAUUCUGCCUUUUCAUUACAUCAUGAUGGCUGAAGGAAAAAUAUCAGUGCCUUUUGUAACAAUACUUGAAAGUGUUUCUUUACAGAAAUCUGGAGUACUGAUUGAAAUAAGGUAUUUGAAUUUCAUGGUUUGGAAGUUUCACGGGGUUUAAUUCUACUAAUUCUGAAACUGUGAAGAGUUUACCUUCUUCAUGGUUUUGAAUUAAGUUGAAAUUAAGGUGCUUAUUUGUCAAGCUGCUUUUCUUACAAAAUACUUUAAAAUGUGGUUGUUUCUUCCUCUCAGUCUUGUGAACUUACUUCUGAAACUAUUGUUACCUCUUUUGUGCACUUCAGAAUAAACUUGGCAGGGAGACUUCAAACAGCGUGCUGAAAUUGUGGUUUGAGUGAGAUGGAAGGCAAAACAUGCACUGAUCUAGAAGGGCAAAGGUGAUACUUCUUGGUAUUUGAGGGGUGGAGGGUUGGUCUUUGUUUUGGGUUUUUUUUCAUCUGUUCUACAGAUCAGCAGAGAUUCUUUUCAUGGCAGAAGGUUGUGUGUAGAGGCAGCGAGGAAGGAUCAGGUUCUCUCACUGUGAAACCAUGUAUCUUCAUUUAAGUUCUGAUGCUGGGAUAUCUAAAAAUCUCAGCAGUGUAAUACUAGUGAAGAAAGUCACAUCUGAGCACUUAACACCUUAAUAAAUGUCUCCAUGUGGUUUAAGAGGAAAGACAGGAAUUUUUUUUCUUUUUCUUUGAGAAUUUCAGUGUUGCUUUGUGGACAUUGGGAUAUUUUUGUCUGCUCUUUGAGAUACUAAACCUUCGUUUUUCCAUUACAUGUGAUGCAAAGCCUUUUAAAAGAUGUGGUUUAUAUUUGUGGUUACAAAAUAUGCUAAGCAUUAAAACGAAAGCACUUCAUCUACAGCUGAUGUAGGUAAUGUAAAUUCUUCUGUUGCCUGACUGUUCUUAACAAUAUUCAUGGAUUAUGAUCCUUUUUAAAUAAAAGGUAAAUGUCUUGUGAUAUUAUAAGAACAAAUAAAUACAGUGUAGAAGAAAUGUCAGCCUCGGAUAUCAAUCCAACAAAUAAACAGUGAUUAAAGAAUGUA